GUUUAGCAAAGUUUUUCAAUAUAUCCUAAUAUAACAAAGCAUGCCUCCUGUGAAAUCUUCCAGGAGAUCUAAAACCCCUCCAGAAGGUUUCAAGACGAUAGAACCCACUUUAAUCAAACUUCAGAAUAAACUCAAAGAAGCACAAAGUAAAUCAAUUAAAGCAGAAGAUAAACAUAACUCGUUAUGGCCAAUCUUACAAAUUAACCACCAAAUAUCUCGAUAUAUAUAUACUCUCUACUACCAGAAGGAAGCUAUAUCCAAAGAUUUAUACGAGUGGCUACUUAGUCAAAAAUAUGGAGAUGCCAUCCUCAUUGCCAAAUGGAAGAAGACUGGGUAUGAAAGUUUAUGUUGUAUUCAAUGUAUUAUGAAGAAGGAUAAAAAUCAUGGAAAUACAUGCAUUUGUAGAGUACCGAAACUGACAUUGAUGAAGAAUAAACAAGAUGAAAAGGUGGAAUGCAUAACUUGUGGCUGUAAAGGCUGUGCAAGUUCAGAUUGAUAGAAUAUGGAGAUUACUCCCUUACUAUUAACUUUGUAAGAUAAA